UAAUACUCAGACUGCAACCCGCACAGCUCGCAGAACUCUCAGCCUGCGCGUAGAAUGGACGACGACUUUGAGGAUCUCUUGCGCGAUGAAACGUGUACGUCUCGUCCAUUCUCUCUGUCGCACCCUACUCACCACAUCCCAGACGAGGAGCAGGUAGACCAGUCUGCCUUGAAACGAGACAUUCCGGAACCAUCAGUCGUGACCCAAGCGGCACCCUCUUCAAACGAAAUAAGACUCGGGCGAAGGGUGCUGGAGCUGGAGAAGGAGCGCGACUCCUUGGCUACCGAAUUACAAGCUCUCAAGUCUCGUUUACCAACUCACGCGAAUCCCACGGUCCCCAUUCAACAUCCUUCAGCAUCUUCCGCCCCCGAGACAGAUCAGCCAGUGGACAUACCACCACAUCUCCUCCCGCUUCUGAAUACCCUGCGAACUCACAUCGCUGAGCUUACUCGAGAUAUUCAGGCAUUACGGCAAACGUUUCUCGGACAGGCCGUACCGAGAAGAGGGCCCAUAAGUCAGGUUGCGACCCCUAUAACCGCUCAGACGGCUACUAUGCCGAACGCCCUGGUCCCUCCUGUGGCAGCUGGGAUAGUGCAAGAAGACGAAGAGAUGGACGCUUUACCAGAGGUCGGUACGUCGGAGAAGUUGUCGCCACAUCCGGCUUUGGCACCUAGCCGAGAGAGCGCGGCAGGCUUGGACCUGGAGCGCGUACUGGAGACUGUGAAAAUGCUCGUACAAGAGAAUGAGGAGCUGGGUGAGAUGGUGCUGGAAGCAGGGAGGGGAAGUGGUUCCGAUUGGCAAACAUCCUUGGAUGAAUCCAAGGCAGUCAUUGAGAGUCUAGAUUCCGACCUCUCACACCAUCUUUCCGUUGUACAGACCACACGCGCCGAGCUCGAAGCAUUUCAAAACCACUUCGGUCCCCUCCCCUUCAAUAUCACGUCCAACGCCGCUGCACACCCUAACGCCAUUGCUCCAUCAGGUACUCCAACAGCUCUCAGAGGCCUACCCUCAUUUGUCGGAAGACCGACGCCCACAGGUCCUUCAGCAGCUCAGCAGGGCAGGGGCCCCCGACCUUUCGUUCCCAAGCAGCCGGGGCAGGGGCAAGGGCAAGGUAUAGGGAGAGGCGGAAAGUCGGGAUUCCAACCCGCCGCUGGAGUCCGCCGGCCGUUCAGUAAUGGACCCGGGAACGGGAGUGGAUUCUCGCUGGGGAAUGCCCCAGCAUCGGGGAAAGCUGGAGGAGAUGGGCCGACUACAGGUCAUAUUAGAGGAGGAAGUGCGGGGCAGGGACAAUCUCUGAGACAAGAUGAGAGGGGAUUCAAGAGGCGAAAGUGAUGUUGCAUAGAUCUCGGGACGUUAUGGACGCUUCAUGGACUGUGCAUAGGGUUGUUGAUAUAGAUGACAAGUUGUAUUUGUAGCAUUGGCGCGAGAAGAAAAAGGUGUUUUGUUAAUGUGGAAGAGUAUCGUCACAUAGUAGAGGAUUCAUGCACUGUACCUCGUUGGCCAACGAUAGCCUACUUACAGCUAUGCACAGCUGGAGGUCGAAUGAGCUCAGAUGUAGGUGGACGCACAGCGAUCCGGACACAGUGGGGCGUUUCCGCUUGUGUGCAGGGCUGUACAGG